ACUUCGUUUCCCAUCGUGCACCUCGCAGGGCGGAGAGGGCUUCCUUGUCAAGAUGGCGGCUCCCUUGACACUACUUUUGAUUUUAGCCGUUACGAUCCGUGCAGCUCUUUACAGAUCCAGUUUAGCGGACUUAAUUGCGGAGAGAGUGGAGGUGGUAUCUCCGUUGACCGCCUGGAAAAGAGUUGUUGAAGGUUUGGCUCUGCUCGACUUGGGAGUCUCACCGUAUUCUGGAGAUGUUUUCCAUGAGACUCCUCUCAUCAUUUACCUCUUUCACUUUGUGGUGGACUAUGCAGAGAUAACAUUUAUGUUGGCAGAUGUGAUCACUGCUGUGGCUCUCUACAUGGCAGUGAAGGACUACAACAAACAAGUGUUCAGAAAGCAGAAAUAUGCCUUGGAGGCAGACCGCUACCCCCUCGACUGUCUGGAGCUCAUCAGAAGCCCCAAAGAAAUGUACUACAUCCCUCUGAAAGUAGCCAUGUUUUACCUGUUGAACCCGUUCACCAUCCUGUCCUGCGUCGCCAAGUCAACAUGUGGUCUGAACAACGCUGUCAUCGCCCUCUUCAUCCUCGCUACAAUAAAAGGAAAUGUCUUGCUGAGUGCCAUAUUUCUGUCCUUGGCCACAUAUCAGUCCAUCUACCCUCUCACUCUGUGCGCUUCAGCGCUGCUGUAUUUGAUGCAGCGUCAGUACAUCCCGGUGAACCUUCGGCGUUUCAGCUUCUGGUGGUUCAUCGCGCAGUAUGCCUUCAUGUACCUGGGCAGCCUGUUCGUCAUCGUCUGUCUCUCCUUUUUCCUGCUCGGCUCGUGGGACUACCUGCCGUCUGUCUACGGCUUCAUUCUCUCAGUACCAGACCUGACCCCGAACAUCGGCCUCUUCUGGUAUUUCUUCGCCGAGAUGUUUGAACACUUCCGCCUCUUCUUCCUCUGCGUCUUCCAGAUCAACGUUUUCUUCUACACCAUCCCUCUGUCCGUCAAACUCAAGGAGCAUCCAGUGUUUCUGAUCUUCAUGCAGUUAGCUGUGAUCUCCAUCUUUAAGUCCUACCCCACUGUGGGAGACAUCGCUCUCUACCUGGCCUUCCUUCCUGUCUGGAGUCACCUACACAGAUUCUUGAGGAACAUCUUCCUGGUGUCCUGCGUCCUGCUGGCCUGUUCGGCUCUGUUCCCGGUUCUCUGGCACCUCUGGAUCUACGCCGGCAGCGCCAACUCCAACUUCUACUACGCCAUAACGCUGCUGUUCAACGUGGCACAGAUUCUGCUGGUGUCGGAUUAUUUCUACGCUUUCUUGCGGAGGGAGCACCAUCUCAGCUACGGACUGUAUCUGAAGAGGAAAGAUGGCUCAGAGGCUACAUUAGUUCUUAAAUAAAACACACACACACACACAGACACCUGCGCACACACUCAUACGCACACCACCUGGAUGGCUACGGAGAAACUGCUCGAGGUCUCAUUUAUCCUCACAGGGAACAAACACAAACUGAUGAGGAUAAACGACUUUCAGAGCCGCACUGGAACAUUAGCACACAUGCAGGAAGUGUGUCUGGUACAACGUCAUAUGCCAACUUCAAGUCACAACACUCAACAUGACGGACACAUGCAGAGAUGGGAUGUACAAAUCUGACUCCUGCAAUGUGAAACAAACAGACAGCAACUAAACAGCUUUCCACUUUCUCCUCCUGGAGCACUCUCUAAUUGCGAGGGUGGCUUUUAUUUUGAAGCCUUCUUCCUCCUGACAGCCACACUGGAAGACUUUUUUAUUUUUGAUGUUCUGUUUAUCCUGUAGCUCCGUCCUGGACAGCUUUUAUUUUAUUUUGAAGCACCAACUCUCAAGCAGCGUUUUUUUUUUUUUUUUUUUUGGGAAGACGAUGUCACUCUGUGGGGGCUUUUAUUUUGAAGCAUUUUUCCUCUUUAAACACCAAAAAAAAUCAUAAAAAUGUGGGAAACUCUUUGAUUGUUCCACAUUUUUUGUGUUGUUUCAUGUUCACCUGAUUACAUUUGUGUUCCUUUGGGUUGGGAAAAGGAAGAGGAAAACUAUAUUUUAAGGGUUUGUCUGGAAGCCUAAAAAUGUCCAUUUAUUCCUGUCUCUCUUUUUUUUUUUCUCACCACUUUCUUCCUGUUUGCCUUUUGCCCUAUUUUUACCCAGUCUGCUCUUGAAUGAACAAAUUCCAGAUUAUCAGUGUUGCAUCUCAUCGCAAAUGAAAUACUAACCUCAUCAUGGUACAUGAAACUUAACACUACCUGGAGUUGUGAUUGCUUCAGCUGCCUGAAAACUGACAUUUGUCUAAAAAUGUUUGGAUACUGAUCACUAAACCCCGGACAGUUCCUGUUACCGUCUGACAAAGACAUCAGUGAAUGUGUUUUAACAACUGAGGUGCUUAAGUUCAGGAUCUGCGGAGAGCAGAAAGCUAAAGGGUUCCCGCAGUGCCCUUGUGUUUUUUACGUGUCAACAUUACAGCAGCAUAAACGCCUCAUUAUACUCACAGCGGGACCCAAAUCCACACACUGCACACUAAUUCUGUACAGCAAUACACAAUAGUAUGUAUAAUACUAUUUUAACUGUUAGCAUACAAAAAAAUACUUUACCAUUUUAUACUAACAGGAAAUGAUAUAAUACGCACACUGUCUCACUGCCAGUUAACUUAAAGCCUAAUGUCUUUCUUAAGAUUGAAUAAUUGUUUUGUUCUCCACUGUCUUUUUGGAGUUUUCUCACCACAAUUUGCAGUUUAUUUGGAUUUAUAUUUUUUUACAGCUGUGAGCUGCUCCCCCAUUUCCUUUUUUCUACUGUGGGAGAAGAGUGUCCAUCAACAGGAGUCAAAAAUCAACCGUACUGCAUACUGACUUUUUGAGUAUACUUAGUUUUGUCACUUUUGCAGUGUGAGCGCUCUACAUACUCGAACCCCGCUUUGAAUUAGUGUGCGGUGUGGAAUUGGGACGCACCACCACUCAUGUUUUUCCCCCAUCUUAACCAUUUGAUUACCUUUCUCCUUAAUCUGGAAGCCAGAAAACAAAGACUGUAAUGAAGAAUUUCAUGCUAACAAACAUGUCUGCCUGUAGGAGAAGCCACUGACAAACACCUACAUAAAAAUCUUUCAUUAAGGAUUCAUUUCACACCCUUAAAAUAAGCCUUAAACAGCCUCAGAAGUGUGGACGAUGAUAGAAAGAUUGAUCUUUUUUUAAAUUAGUUUUACUUUAUAUUACAAUAUGAAGUCCACAGAUGAAUGUUUUUGUGUAAAAAUUGGUUUCUCUUUGCCUCAACUUUAACACACAAAAAAAGACCCACUUAAAGUGUUUCAACGUCAAAAUCUAAAUACGAGCAAAAACGUUAAUUAUUGUAAGCUGGUUUUCAUGUGAAAUGACAGUAAGAUCAGUGACAAAGCAAAAAAACACAGAUACGAGCUGCUUCAGUUGCUUUUAACGUGAUCCUUGUUUGUAACAUCUGUCUGAGCAGAAGGUCGACGGCGGCCAUUUUGAUACCAAUGAGUGAAAAGUAAUUUGUGAUAUUUAUUUAUUUGCUGCACUAACAACUUUGCAAAGAGAUUUAAUUUUUUUUUUUUUUCAGGAAAAGGAGGAGCUCUUCUGUUGUUUUGAUAUUGUAUAUAUUAAAGUGUUCUGUUUUGUUACAGAUAUUAAAAUGCAAGGUUUGAAAGGGGCGAUGUUACAUUUGAUGAAUGAGUGAACAUGUCAUAAAUCAUGAUUAUUAAACUUGAGGUGAUGGUUUCA